CUGCCUGCGUGACAGGCACAAGACCGACACAUGUGGACAUGAGACAGCCCCCUAGGUGUCUCACUUUCUCGCCGUUCGCGCUGCUUCGUCCGCAGCCUUGACGUCAGCGCCGUGUUGAUUCGCUCCGGCGGCGAGACAAGGGAAGGAGUUCGUGCGUGUUGAGAGAGAGAACCAGAGAGCGGGGCUUGACUAUGCUCCACAAGCCCGCUGUCCCCCUCUGUUAGCCCGCGUACACUCCGGACGUGACUCGCUAACUUCAGGUUUCAUCUGGUUUCCCACAGUAGCUAAAACCACUGCGGAGCGGGGGAAGGCUAGCCUCAUGAGUUGGCCUCGCGCACUUCCUUUGACGUCAUGGAUUUAACAAAGAUGGGUAUGAUCCAGCUGCAGAACCCCAACCACCCCACGGCGCUCCUGCACAAGGCCAACCAGAUGCGCCUGGCGGGGACGCUGUGCGAUGUGGUCAUCAUGGUGGACAGCCAGGAGUUCCACGCCCACCGGACUGUGUUGGCGUGCACCAGCAAAAUGUUCGAGAUCCUUUUCCACCGCAGCAGCCAACAUUACACCUUGGACUUUCUGUCGCCAAAGACGUUCCAACAAAUUUUGGACUACGCUUACACUGCCACGCUCCAGGCCAAGGUGGAGGACCUGGACGACUUGCUGUAUGCGGCAGAGAUCCUGGAGAUCGAGUAUUUGGAGGAGCAAUGCCUCAAGAUCCUGGAGACCAUCCAGUCGUCGGACGAGAACGAUGCAGAGGUCGGUGUUAACGACGGCAGCACCGAGGAGGACGAUGAGCGCAAAGGCCAUAAUGGAGUCAAGAACUCCAAAAAGCAUUCCAUUGAGAACCUCUACCUGUCGGGUACAGAGCAACUGUCUGCCAUGUCUGGCAUGGUGGACCAGAGUCCCUCAGUCUCCACAUCCUUUGGCGUCUCCAACCUGAGCCCCACCAAAGCCGCCGUGGACAGUUUGAUGAGCAUCGGCCAGACCCUGCUUCAGCAAGGCUUUGGGGGCGAACACGGCAACGCCCACCACCUCAUGAGUGAGAUCAAGACUGAAAUGAUGCAGGUGGACAUGGGCGGCAACGGCCACGAAAGCAUGGAGUCCGGCGGCUCCAGCAAUGGCGAGCGAGGCGGGGAGGACCGGAAUCGAGACGGACCGGGCACGCCGACCAGGAGCAGCGUGAUCACCAGCGCUCGCGAGCUGCAUUACGUCCGCGACGAUGGCAUGGGCGACCCUCAAGCCGAAGUCAGCCACAUGGGUUUGGAAGCCAUGGCCGGGAUGGCGGAGAAACACUUGGCGUCCUUCUACUCCCUCCCCGUCAAUCACAAAGGCGAGGCCAUCAUGUCCAUGCCGGUCUCGAUGGCCUCCGCGCUGCCCAUGUCGCCGGCCUUGGCAAUGUCAGUGGACUUGAGUGCCUAUGGCGGACUGCUUCCUCAAAGCUUCAUCCAGAGGGAGUUCUUCAGCAAGCUCGGCGAGCUGGCGGUGGGCAUGAAACCCGACGGCAGGAACCAGCACGAACGCUGCAAUGUUUGUGGAGUGGAACUUCCGGACAACGAAGCUGUGGAGCAGCAUAGGAAGAUGCACAGCGGAAUGAAGACCUAUGGAUGUGAGCUGUGCGGGAAGAGCUUUCUGGACAGCCUCCGUCUACGCAUGCAUCUGCUGUCUCAUUCAGCUGGCGAGAAGGCCAUCGUAUGUGACCAGUGCGGCGCUCAAUUCCAGACAGAAGAAUCCCUGGAGGCCCACCGGCAGAUCCACACCGGUUCGGACAUGGCCAUCUUCUGCCUGCUGUGCGGCAAGCGUUUCCAGACGCAGACGGCGUUGCAGCAGCACAUGGAAGUCCACGCCGGCGUGCGCAGCUACAUCUGCAGCGAAUGCAACCGGACCUUCCCGAGCCACACGGCGCUCAAACGCCACCUGCGCUCACACACAGCCGGGGACCACCCGUACGAGUGCGAGUUCUGCGGGAGCUGCUUCCGCGACGAGAGCACGCUGAAGGGCCACAAGCGCAUCCACACGGGGGAGAAGCCCUACGAAUGUAACGGCUGCGGCAAGAAGUUCAGCCUCAAGCACCAGCUGGAGACCCACUACCGCGUGCACACAGGUGAGAAGCCAUUCGAGUGCAAGCUGUGCCACCAGCGAUCCAGGGACUACUCGGCCAUGAUCAAGCACCUGCGCACCCACAACGGCGCCUCGCCCUACCAAUGCACCAUCUGCCUGGAGUACUGCCCUAGCCUGUCGGCCAUGCAGAAGCACAUGAAGGGCCACAAGCCCGAAGACAUCCCUCCAGACUGGCGCAUCGAGAAGACCUACCUGUACCUCUGCUACGUCUGAGAGCACAGGAGGUAUCGGCGGAAGAGGCGGGGAAAGGAGAAUGUAGUUCAGGCGUUAGACGAAGAUGUGACGGAGGGCAGGCGAUGCAAAAGUGAAGCGUCGAAAGACUGAAGAGAACGUGAUGCGUUCUCUUCUCUUCUUGCAAAAGAGGCGACACAAGAAGGGUCUUCCUGGAAAGACUCGCAGAGACGUCGAGUGUCCGCCGUUUGUUCGGAAUCACCGGGUCAUUCCCGCACACGCGCAUUGUAUUACUUUUGUUUUUGUUUUUUUUCAUUUCAGGUUGCCUCGUGAUGCAAACACGAGUUGCAGGGAAAGUGUUGCUGCUACAGCGUUGACAGAUUCUCAAGGGCUAUCAGACCCAGCCGAAAUCUUACACUAUUAUUUCGUAUUAUCUCUAGGCCCACGACACUAGCGACGUGUUUGUUUACCCCCCCCCCCAAUCUCCAAACAAAUUUGGAUCACAUGAAGACGAUGUGAAUGUGAAAUUGCAGUUUUGGGGAAAGAAAUGUAAACACUUUUUUUUUCUGGGAGUUGCAGUUGCAACUGCAGUUGGUACGAGUGUAGACCUCUACCAAGGCUUCUUCCAUGGCCCAUGCCCUGCCCUUCCACCGAGUGGUGUGGUCAUACGAUGAAUAGUUUUUGCGUAAUUAAGCAAAGAGCGAUUAAAAACCUUAGUCAAGAUUCUGCCAAGAUCCAACAAUCCCAAAUCGAGUCAAAAUGUACACUUUCGUUGAUACUGUAAAACCCCUCGUUGUUCAUUAAGAUUACGAGAGAUUACGAGAUUAGGGACAAUGUCAAAAAGUGCUCUUAUUUCUGUAUCAAAAAUUGGAUGACGUCCCUCUUUACCGCUAGGUUUUGUAGAAAUCUGUCAAGUAGUAGUUGUUUUUUUUUCUUUCGUAAUCAUGGUAACGAACCUCCUUGGUAGAGGAAGCUCGAAUGGCACUUAGUGGAGUGCAGGCCUCUUCCGAGAUUGAACAUUUCCUGGAUUUUGAUUAUCCACUUAGAUAUUGAUGCAAAUUCUAAAAAGUGACCAAGUGUUCAAAACAAGAAGUCCUGGAUCGCCACCCUUUAUCAGAGCAAGACCAAGAUUAAUUUCGUUCUUCCUUGGGCCAUGUUCCGUCCUUUUGAAAGGUUUUGUGGAAAUCAGUGUAGUAGUAGUUUUUUCCUGAUCCUGCUACCAAAAAAAAAAAAAAAAAAAAAAAAAACAAUGUUAAACGAUUACCAAACUUCCUUGGUGUAGAGGUAGCUAGAACGGCAGCGAGUAGAGCGCAGACUUUUUGUAGAUUUUGGUUAUUCACCGAAAUUGAUGAAACGUCGAAAAAAGAGACCUUUGAAAACAACAGUUCCUGCAUCGGCAGAUUCACCAGAGCCGCACCGGAAUUAACUCUGUUCUUUCUUCUGCAAAGGUUUUGUGAAAAUCAUUCAUUUUUGCUUGACUUUGCUGACAAAAAAAAAAAAAAAAAACUGCGUAACCGCGUCCCCAAAACUUCCUUAGUGUUGAGGUAACUCGAAUGGCAUUCCGCCAAGGCCGAAGGCCUGAUUCGCAUCAAAUUAUACACACUUGUGGGUACCUGCAUCUUACAUAAAUACUUGAAAUUUCUUUCAUGAAUUAUCCCAUGAGAACAUUUCCAAAAAGUGUCCCUACAGAAAACAGUUCUUGGAUCUGCACUGAAAUUGGACGACUCCUUCCUCUGCCCUUGCCCAACCCCUCCACCAAAGUUUGUCUUGGUAAAAAAAAAAAGAAGAAUUUUUUUUUUUAAAACGCUAACUAAGCAGAACUGAAUGAAAUACUUGAAUGUGGAAGAGUCAAUUUCCCCAGUUUUUCACAGUAUUCCCAGAUAGCCCCUGAGAAUCGUCAGCCGAGCCAGUUGGAAUAUGCAGUAAAUGACAAAACGGGAGCGCUAAAAACAAAGGAUGAACCUGAAU